UCCAAAUCGAGUAUUUAGGACUGAACUAGGAAGCCAGUUCAAUCCUGAGCCACCGAGGCAGGCAUUGGGUCUUCUAUGGAGUCCCCAGAGACCUGCAACCUUCUGAACACGCAUCCUCCCCUUUCCGCCGAGGACUCUGUACUGCAGCCGAGCCAGGGCGAAUGCACGGAGGUCACAAGGGAGGUGCCCUUGGAGGCGGGAGGUUUCUGGCCGCCCCGGCGACCGUGCUGAUGAGGCACCUGCAGGAAACACAGCUCUGCACGCUCCAGUCCCCCCUCACCCGGGGAGGGAGAGGCAGUACAAAGGCGCUGGGGGUGGACGUUGAGCAGGCCAGCCUCGUUGCCUGGACCCCCGCCCCAGCCGGAGAUGGGAGGACCGCACCGUCUCACAGGAGGUGGAUUUCUUUUCCCCUUGCGGGUGUGUGUGCGAGGAUGGAGGUGGUAAAUACGGGUUGGUAGAAGGAGCGAACCGGGGUGGAAGAAGUUCUUCUGCUUAGUUCUCGCCGCGGCGAGGCCCGCGGGCCGGGCGAGGCGACGAAGGUGCACGAAGGUGCCUAGUGGGCCUGGUGGAGUUGCAGCGGCGCGCAGGCGCACUGAGGUCCGCCCGCGGCGAGGUCCGCCCGCGGCCGGCUCCGCGGUACAAAGAGCGCGCCGCGGAGAGCCGGGCGUCCUCGGGGCUGAGCGAGCAGCCGGGGCUUCGCCGGCCCGCGCCGUUCUCACGCGCUGCUCCGGAGCGCAGCCACAGCUGUCUCCCACCCCGGGUGAGAGGCUUGCUGGUCUGCCCCGGCUUCCCCGCCCCGGCAGCGGCCGCAGAGCCCAGCGGCUGCUGUGCGAUUCAGGGUUUAAUUCUGGCGCUUGCCAGUCGGGGCCGACUCCGCCCCCUGCGCCCCGCCCCUCCCCUCCCCGAGCUCCGGGUCCGCGGCGGAGCGAGCGAACGGCCGGCAGGUUGGGAGGAGCGGCUGAAGAAUGAUGGUCACUAUACUGGAUGGACUUCUGAACUAGUGAAUUACUUUCAUCUUUUGAUCACACUAGGAAAUUGUCCACGGAGUUGAAAUAUUUAUUGCAGUAAUUUCUGGCCUUACAUAAUUAAGGUUGAAUGCCUUUGAGAACUUGAUGCAUAAAAUUUGCAUGACUCCUCACUCCUUUCUGGAUCUCUCAUUGGACUCAAGCCAGCAUGGCUCACAUCACAAAGGUUAACGGCAGUGCUUCAGGAAAAGCAGAUGAUAUUCUCAAUGGAGACCAGGACAAGGAACAGAAAGACCCUUACUUUGUGGAGACCCCCUAUGGUUAUCAACUAGACUUAGAUUUCCUUAAAUAUGUGGAUGACAUACAGAAGGGAAAUACUAUCAAAAGACUGAACAUCCAGAAGAGGCGGAAGCCAUCCGUGCCAUGCCCAGAACCCAGGACCACAUCUGGUCAGCAAGGUAUAUGGACCUCCACUGAAUCCCUCUCAUCCUCCAACAGUGAUGACAACAAGCAGUGCCCCAACUUCCUUCUAGCCAGAAGUCAAGUUGCAUCAACUCCAAUCUCAAAGCCACCUGCCCCUCUGGAGACCUCACUCCCUUUUCUUACCAUCCCAGAAAAUCGACAGCUGCCACCUCCCUCACCACAACUCCCAAAGCAUAACCUUCAUGUCACCAAGACACUGAUGGAGACCCGGAGAAGACUGGAACAGGAGAGAGCCACCAUGCAGAUGACACCGGGUGAGUUCAGAAGGCCCAGGCUGGCCAGUUUUGGAGGCAUGGGCUCCACAAGCUCCCUCUCCUCUUUUAUGGGUUCUGGAAACCACAAUCCUGCCACGCACCAGCUUCAGAAUGGAUACCAAGGUAAUGGGGAUUAUGGUAGCUAUGCCCCAGCUGCUCCCACCACUUCCUCCAUGGGGAGCUCCAUCCGCCACAGCCCCCUAAGCUCAGGGAUCUCCACCCCAGUGACCAACGUGAGCCCCAUGCACCUGCAGCACAUCCGCGAGCAGAUGGCCAUUGCUCUGAAACGCUUGAAGGAGCUGGAGGAGCAGGUGCGAACCAUCCCUGUGCUCCAGGUAAAGAUCUCUGUCUUGCAAGAAGAGAAAAGGCAGUUGGCCUCACAGCUGAAAAACCAAAGGGCUGCAUCCCAGAACAAUGUCUGUGGUGUGAGGAAGCGGUCCUACAGUGCGGGGAACGCCUCCCAGCUGGAACAGCUCUCCCGGGUCCGAAGAAGUGGCGGGGAAUUAUACAUUGACUAUGAGGAGGAAGAAAUGGAGACCGUAGAACAGAGCACGCAGAGGAUAAAGGAGUUCCGGCAGCUUACAGCAGACAUGCAAGCCCUGGAGCAGAAGAUCCAGGAUAGCUGUGAGGCCUCCUCAGAGCUCAGGGAGAAUGGCGAGUGCCGGUCUGUGGCUGUGGGUGCUGAGGAGAACAUGAACGACAUCGUCGUGUACCACAGAGGCUCCAGGUCCUGUAAGGAUGCAGCUGUAGGGACACUUAUUGAGAUGAAAAAUUGUGGGGUCAGCGUGACAGAGGCCAUGCUUGGAGUGAUGACAGAAGCUGACAAAGAAAUUGAGCUGCAACAGCAGACCAUAGAAGCCUUGAAGGAAAAGAUCUAUCGCCUAGAAGUACAGCUUAGAGAAACCACCCAUGACCGGGAGAUGACUAAACUAAAACAAGAGCUGCAGGCUGCUGGAUCGAGGAAAAAGGUUGACAAAGCCAUGAUGGCCCAGCCGCUUGUUUUCAGUAAGGUGGUGGAGGCAGUGGUGCAAACCAGAGACCAAAUGGUCGGCAGUCACACAGACCUGGUGGACACGUGUGUUGGGACCUCUGUGGAAACAAACAGUGUAGGCAUCUCCUGCCAGCCCGAAUGUAAGAAUAAAGUCGUAGGGCCUGAGCUGCCUAUGAAUUGGUGGAUUGUUAAGGAGAGGGUGGAAAUGCACGACCAAUGUGGUGGGAGGUCUGUGGAAAUGUGUGACAAGAGUGUGAGUGUGGAAGUCAGCGUCUGCGAAACAGGCAGCAACACAGAGGAGUCUGUGAACGACCUCACACUCCUCAAGACAAACUUGAAUCUCAAAGAAGUGCGGUCAAUCGGUUGUGGAGAUUGUUCUGUUGACGUGACUGUCUGCUGUCCAAAGGAGUGCACCUCCCGGGGCGUGAACACUGAGGCUGUUAGCCAGGUGGAAGCUGCCGUCAUGGCAGUGCCUCGUACUGCAGACCAGAACACUAGCACAGAUUUGGAACAGGUGCACCAGUUCACCAACACCGAGACGGCCACCCUCAUAGAGUCCUGCACCAACACUUGCCUAAGCACUUUGGACAAGCAGACCAGCACCCAGACUGUGGAGACGCGGACAGUAGCUGUAGGAGAAGGCCGUGUCAAGGACAUCAACUCCUCCACCAAGACGCGGUCCAUUGGUGUUGGAACGUUGCUUUCUGGCCAUUCUGGGUUUGACAGGCCAUCAGCUGUGAAGACCAAAGAGUCAGGCGUGGGGCAGAUAAAUAUUAACGACAACUAUCUGGUUGGUCUCAAAAUGAGGACCAUAGCUUGUGGGCCACCACAGUUGACUGUGGGGCUGACAGCCAGCAGAAGGAGCGUGGGGGUUGGGGAUGACCCUGUAGGGGAGUCUCUGGAGAACCCCCAGCCCCAGGCUUCACCUGGAAUGAUGACCGGCCUGGAUCACUACAUUGAGCGCAUCCAGAAGCUGCUGGCAGAACAGCAGACACUGCUGGCUGAGAACUAUAGUGAACUGGCAGAAGCUUUUGGGGAGCCUCACUCACAGAUUGGCUCCCUCAACUCUCAGCUCAUCAGCACCCUGUCGUCUAUCAACUCUGUCAUGAAAUCUGCAAGUACUGAAGAGCUGAGGAACCCUGACUUCCAGAAAACCAGUCUGGGUAAAAUCACAGGCAAUUAUUUGGGAUAUACCUGUAAGUGUGGAGGCCUUCAGUCAGGAAAUCCCUUAAGCUCCCAGACAUCCCAGCUUGAGCAAGAAGUGGGGACCUCAGAAGGAAAGCCAAUCUGCAGCCUGGAUGCCUUCCCCACUCAGGAAGGUACGCUGUCUCCAGUGAACCUGACAGACGACCAGAUCGCCGCUGGCCUCUAUGCAUGUACAAACAAUGAAAGUACACUGAAGUCCAUCAUGAAGAAGAAAGAUGGUAACAAAGAUUCAAAUGGCGCAAAAAAGAAUCUUCAGUUUGUUGGCAUUAAUGGAGGGUAUGAAUUAAGUGAAAAGAUGUUGUCUGCAUGCAACUUACUGAAAAAUACUAUAAAUGACCCCAAAGCUUUGACCAGCAAAGAUAUGAGGUUCUGCCUGAACACCCUCCAGCACGAGUGGUUCCGCGUGUCCAGUCAGAAGUCGGCCAUUCCAGCCAUGGUGGGGGACUACUUAGCUGCUUUUGAGGCCAUCUCCCCAGAUGUCCUCCGCUAUGUCGUCAACUUGGCAGAUGGCAAUGGCAACACAGCCCUCCAUUACAGCGUGUCCCACUCCAACUUCGAGAUUGUGAAGCUGCUGUUAGAUGCCGAUGUGUGUAAUGUGGAUCACCAGAACAAGGCAGGCUACACCCCCAUCAUGCUGGCAGCCCUCGCCGCUGUAGAAGCAGAGAAGGACAUGCGGGUUGUGGAAGAACUCUUUGGCUGUGGGGAUGUGAAUGCCAAAGCUAGUCAGGCGGGACAGACGGCCCUCAUGCUGGCGGUCAGUCACGGGCGGAUAGACAUGGUGAAGGGCCUUCUGGCCUGUGGGGCUGACGUCAACAUCCAGGAUGAUGAGGGCUCCACGGCCCUCAUGUGUGCCAGCGAACACGGGCACGUGGAGAUUGUCAAGCUGCUGCUGGCCCAGCCCGGCUGCAACGGUCACCUGGAGGACAACGAUGGCAGCACUGCGCUCUCAAUCGCCCUGGAAGCAGGACACAAGGACAUCGCUGUUCUUCUGUAUGCCCAUGUCAACUUUGCAAAAGCCCAGUCUCCGGUCAGUGUUGUGCAUUUGGCAUUUGUAAAUAGGCUGAAAUCCACCAGACUGGUGGACCCCCUUCCUCCAGGAAUUGACGGGAGACAGAUUUUAUGUUGAUUCAUAAAAUGGAAGUUUUAGUCUGGAGCUUAAGAGUUCAUCCUUUCUGCCUCCGCCCUGCAAAAGGCAGGAGAACUAAUGUUUUAGCAGAGGCUGGGCCUUGCUUGUCGUUGCAAGACAUAUGCUCACGGCUUCCCAUAGAGGUUUUCAUUCUGUGCAGAAUUAUCCAGAUAGCAUCCCCCGAGCCCAUGGGGAUAUUUCACCAUGGUUCUGGCAUUGUUCCUGAAGCAGACGGUAGGCAGCCUGUAGUCCAUAGUUCACUCUGAGUGGGAAGGUGACUUCCCAGGACAACCGGACAUAGCACUGCCGAGCCCAGCUGGCCUUGGAGCUGUGGACACCUGUUCCCAGCCAGAGCUCUCCUGGCCCGGGCUCACAGCUGGUUGUUGGCUGUGGUGGGCCAAGAUCCUAUGUCACAGGGUACACAUCUGCCUGACGUCACCUAUUAACCCCCAGUUUUUUUCCUUUCCUGGUCUCUAGGGCACCCCUAGGCUUGGAAGGAAGACGUCUCCUGGCCCCACCCACCGAGGUUCAUUUGAUUGAUUGUAUGCAAAUAGCCCUCCAUUUACAUGCCACCAUUAAGCUGCUAAUUGUUCCUGUUGGGGUGACAGAUACUGAAUGUAUAUGUAUUGUGCCUGAGCUCACCAGCAAACAGAAGCAUCAAGCCCAGGGGUAAAGGCUGAAGCUUUCACAGUGCAGAGACUGCCAGCCUGGGCACGCGCACCUCCUUUCUGGCCAUCUUCUGUGUAGGGCACACUUUAACCCAGUCUCUGUUGCUGUUGAGUCUCUGCUCCGUUUUGUACAGUCAUAGGGAAUUCUGAUCUGAAGGGGCACCUUCUGUUCACUCCCACAAAGAAGUGUCAGGUUCUCACUGAGAUGUUUUAAGAUUUUUCCACAAAUAUUUAUAUUUACUAAAUGUGGAACCAUUAGAAAGCUCUUCCAAAAUCUCAUUCCAGCAUAGUUUUGGAUUUUUCUUUUGUCUUAUUUUAAAAUAAGGAAGUCGAGAUGACUUUGAUCAUCGGUAACUUGGGCCUGGGCUAGACAAAACUCUCAAAGUAUAAAACUUAAAAAAGAAUAUUCUCAUUUGGUUUUAGCUAGGUAGAUGUAAUAUAUGACUUUUUAUAAAAAGGGUAUCUAUAUGAAAUUGACACAGUAUUUUCAACUUUUAUAUUCCAUACUAAAGACAUGAAGAACUACAUGUAACAUUAUCAUUUUUAAUAAUUGCACAACUCAAAGGUUGGAUUGUGUUAGAGGAAUUGGCUCUGUAUUUGCCUCUAGAGAAACACAGUGUAGUUCUCUUUGUAUUUAUGGAUUCCUUUAUACCGUGUCACAUUUACUUUGGUCCUCUAUGUAUUUAAAUGUUUGAAGUGCCUUAGACUCUUGCCAUAUUUUCAAAAUAAAAUUUCAUUAAGCUCU